AUGGGAUAUGAGUAUGCAGCAAGACAAUCUAGACGAGUUGACGUAUUGAAGUGUGAAGCGGUCUUAGGCUUCACUCUCCCCCGAAGACAAUGGGUAAAGUGGAAUGAAUGGAACAAGCAGGACGUAAAUCUUGGACAUCCUGAAGAAGAGUUUGAUCCAACACUGUUGGCUGAACUGUUUGAUGGUACCAGGCUGGCUACGGCUGAGCUCUACUUUAAUCCAACACGUUGCUGGCUAGCAAGAGACCGUUCAGUAGAAGAAGCUGCUCGGGCAAUAUCAAGUGGACAAGUUGCUCACCUAUGGACCAAAAACAAUGGUUGUGAUCGGUCGCUCUACGAACUCAGCAUGGACAUAGUAAACAUGUGCCGAGCGUACCAAAGAAGAGCAGUUACAAUGAAAUGUAUUCCACAUAUAUUGUUGGGAUGUUGA